UUAAAGUGUUUGGUCAAAACUUUUAAGCUUUAAAAACGGCAUCAAAUAGUUCUUUGUAAAAUUUUCACACAUCAAAACCAGUCCAUACGCCAUCUUGUUUCAUGGAUAAGUUUUAUUGUAGGCUUGUCUGUUUUCUGAUUUCUACAUCGUUCCUUUCAUCUUACGCCAAAGAUGUCUUUGAAGAAUUCGGGACUUUAAGACGCGGGAAAUCUAAUCACAUAGCCAAUAGCUCAUUUUUACAAGAAUUACCGCUGGUUGUAGAAGAUGGCGCCCGAGCAGACGAUAAAAUGGAGUCUUACUUACAGCGUCAGCGCAGGGCGGAGCAGCUGGAAAAUAAAAACUGUGAUUUCUGUAUGUCGGUGGUCACGAAGGUUCAGUCUAUGCUGAGGACCAAGACGCCAGUGGAGAUCAUAGUCACAGAGGCGAUCAGAAUGUGCAUUCAGUUCAGCAUUGGAAACGAGCAUGUUUGUAAUCUGAUAGUGCCGCAGUUUCAGGAUGUGGCAUUCUACGUCAUUGGCAAUAUGUCUUUAACGACGGAUCAAGCGUGUGGAAUUGUCAUCGGUGACUCUUGCGGAACUCCAUACUUUCCAGGCGAGAUGUGGAACAUUACAUUACCCAACACACCCAAGCCCCCACCUCAGCCACCCCUUCCCCCAAAACCCCAGUCUCCGACCUUAAGGUUCCUCCACCUGACGGACAUUCACCUGGACAUGAAGUAUGCAGUCGGCGCUGCCGUGCCGUGUGACGAGCAUAUCUGUUGUCGGUCUGACGAGAAUGCGACACACAGCCAAGACCAAAGCUCAGCUUCGGAUUCUUUCAAAGCGGGAAAAUACGGUGACUACAGAAAAUGUGACCUUCCUAAUACUACCCUGGAUUUUUUGUUCAGCCAUCUUAAUUCCAUCCAAGACCAGUUUGAUUACGUCAUCAUGACCGGGGACAUCGCAGCACAUGACGUCUACAGCCAGACGAGAGCAGAGCAACUCUCGCACAUCAUCGCGCUCGACAAGCUCUUCUCGCGAUAUCUGCCCAGCAAGCCCGUCUACUACAGCGUCGGCAACCACGACGGCUGGCCGGAUAACACAUUCCCACCUUAUACACCUGUACCUUACCUGUCCCCAGAUUCCCACCCUGUACACCUGUACCUUACCUGUCCUCAGAUUCUCACUUGUACACCUGUACCUUACCUGUCCCCAGAUUCCCACCUUAUUCUCACCUUGUACACCUGUACCUUACCUGUCCCCAGCUUCCCACCCCCAGGUAUCCCAGGCCACGACUUUGAAUGGAUGUACGGGGCUAUGGCGGAGGCCUGGGGGAAGUGGCUGCCCCAGUCGUCGCUUGAGACAAUUGUCAGAUGUGGCGGCUAUUCCUUCUCACCGUAUCCCGGAUUUAGGAUUAUCUCCAUCAACAACAACUACUGCAACAAAGGCAAUUGGUGGCUGCUACUGAACGCUACAGAUCCCUGCAAUGUCUUAGAGUGGCUGGUACAAGAGCUACAGAGUGCAGAGGUUAAAGGUGAAAAGGUGCACAUGCUGAUGCACCUGCCGCCCGGCAACAGUGUCUGCAUGAAAGCCUGGAGCUGGAACUAUUACAGGAUUGUCAACAGAUACGAGAACACCAUUGUGAAUCAGUUUUAUGGUCACAACCACACGGACUGGUACGAAAUGUUUUAUGAUGACGUCACCUUUCAGCGCCCCCUGGGGGUGGGGUUUGUGGCGCCAAGUGUGACGCCAUAUUCCUACAACAACCCGAACUAUCGCAUCUAUACAAUGGACGGUACUUACAAUGGCAGUUCAUGGGCCGUCCUAGACUACAGCAACUUCUACCUCAACCUGACCGAGGCUAACUUGUACAACACGCCAACAUGGAGGUUCGAAUACUCGCCCAAGCAAGCCUACAACAUGACGGGCCUGUACGCCGCCGACUGGGACCAGCUGCUACAGAGGAUGGAGAAAGACGACACGUUGUUCCAGCUCUUCUACACCUACAACCGGAACUUGUAUCCAGAGACGCCGUGCCAUGGCAACUGUAAAGCUGAUAUCUUUUGUAACCUCAUUGAAGGGAGAUCAUACGACCCUGACCUUUGUCCAAAACAUUUCAAUUUAAAGAACGUGUCAUAAUAACCUUGUUUAUUGUCACGUGAAAUUUCUGUUUUAUGUAAAUUUACACAUUAUUGG